AUGCCUUCUGGUGUAUUGACCUUUAAAACUCCCUUACAGGUGCUUGCAAAAUACAAACCUCUGCCCUCUGUUUUGGUACUCACACCCCGAAUCUUUGGAUGUGUGGCUUUCGUUCAUCUCCACAAAAAUCAACGUAGCAAACUUGAUAAUUGUGUGCUUCGUUGUGUUUUUGUGGAUUAUGCCACUCAUCAGAAAGGCUACCGCUGUUAUCACCCUCCUACCCGACGUAUCUAUGUCACUUUGGAUGUGACCUUUCUGGAAUCUAAGUUGUUCUUCCAUGACCCAUCAUCCAAUUCUACGCUUCAGGGGGAGAUACGAAGUGAAGUGCAGAAUUGGAGCAACUUAGAAAACGAAGAAGUUAUCCUUUGUACAGAAAUGAUCGAUCGUCCCGAGUCUGGAGCACGAGAUAAUCUCUGCCGACAAGCGAUCAAUCACCCAUUCAUAGCGAUCAAUUUCCUGACCCACCUGAUCCAUGCGAAGAUAUUUCUGAUCCGAGUCUCACACCUACAGACAAUACAGAACAACAAGAUGAAGACCCCCUUUCUAACUCAACAGUACCAACAGACCAAUCUCCUGAGAAUAUCCUUGAGGCAAAAUCGCGGGAAGCCACCAAACCGUUAUUCACCUGAUAUUGGCAAGACAUCUAAGUAUCCAAUUGCAAAUCAUGUAUCCAUUGAGAAGCUAUCUGAACCACUCAAGGCUUUUGUGCAUCAAUUGUCUGCUAUCCAUAUUCCAACCAAGGUCUCUAAAGCAUUGAAAGAUCCUAAGUGGGUCCAAGCUAUAAAAGAGGAGAUGAAAGCUCUUGAGAAAAAUCAAACUUGGACAUUAGAGACUAUACCACGAGGAAAAAAGACUAUCGGAUGUAGAUGGGUGUUUACUAUAUACCACAAUGCAGAUAGAUCUAUCGAGCGAUACAAGGCAAGACUUGUGGCAAAAGGGUACACACAAACCUAUGGUAUAGACUAUGAAGAAACCUUUGCUCCAGUUACAAAGUUAAACACCGUCAGAGUCUUAUUGUCCCUUGCAGCUAAUUUGGAUUGGCCACUACACCAGUUUGAUUCACCACGUGCAUGGUUUGGACGGUUCACCAUGGCAAUGAAGAACAAUGGUUUCAAACAAUGCAACUCAGAUCAUACUCUGUUCUUGAAACAUCGGAAAGGGAAGGUAACAACAUUAAUAAUCUAUGUUGAUGAUAUGAUUAUUACUAGGAAUGAUAAAUUGGAAAUAUCACAACUACAAGACUAUUUGGCUACUGAGUUUGAGAUGAAGGAUCUAUGUGGACUCAAGUAUUUCUUGGGAAUUGAGGUGGCUCGAUCACAGCAAGAUGCAGAUUGGGCAGGUAAUGUAACAAAUAGAAAAUCCACAUUGGGUUACUUCACAUUCGUGGGAGGUAAUUUGGUGACAUGGAGGAGCAAGAAACAGAAUGUAGUAGCUUUAUCCAGUGCAGAAGCCGAGUUCAGAAUCAUGACUAAAGGGAUUUGUGAACUUCUUUGGUUAAAAAAGUUGCUUACUGAACUUGGGUAUAAACCUACAUCCACAAUGAAUCUCUUUUGUGACAACAAAGCUGCUAUAGCCAUUGCACAGAAUCCAGUUCAGCAUGAUCGUACUAAACAUGUUGAGGUGGAUCGACACUUCAUCAAACAGAAGCUUGAGGCUAAAGUGUUUCAGUUUCCUUUUGUGAAAUCCGAGGAUCAAUUGGCGGAUAUUUUGACAAAGGCGAUUUCCAGUAAAGCGUUCCACAAUUCACUGGAUCAGUUGGGCAUUGGCAACAUCUAUGCACCAACGUGA